GUCCUUUGAUCUCUAGCUAACUUUAGGAUGCUUCAAAGGGCCCCUCACACAUCCCAAAGAGAUAUAUUAAACAGUUUCAUUUAGUAUGUUAAAUUACAUAGGAAGCAUUGUCAAAUGCUUAAUAAAUCUUACAGUGUAUGGUGAAUAUUAAUAUAGGUAUUCUAGAAAUUAUAUAAAUUCCUACAUUCUGAUGUGACCUAUAAAAUAUUGUUAUAAAUCUAGUUACUAUCUUUAAGUGGUUUAAUAGAAAAAAUAUUUUUCUAUACAGUAUGUUACAACAGUAACCAAUUUAGUCAGUUGGACUGCAUUGUAAUCAGAGUUUAAACAUGUCUUAAAUCUUCUGUCAUAGACAGUUAUGGUUUUAUUUUAUAGCCUCUGCAAAAAUGCUUCCUCCUCAAGAACAUUUAUAGAAAGGGUUUUUGGAUAAAUAAAAGCUUCUGACUUUCAGACCAUAAUGCUGAACUUCAUAAGAAAUUAAAGAGUUUCAGUGAAAAAUCUGAUGGCUUCAUAAAAAGUUAACAAAAGCACUGAGUGAAUUGGUGAAUAGGGUUAUAAUUUUUAUGGUUUCUAUCUGAAAAAACACAGGCUGGAAUCUGUGUUUUCCAAGUGUAAGGAAAACCUUCCCCUUUAAUUAUGACUUACAGUAAUUUGGUAAAUUAUACCUUUGCAAGAGAAUAGGAAAGACUAGAGAUCUCUUCAAGAAAAUUAGAGAUACCAAGGGAAUAUUUCAUGCAAAGGUGGGCUCAAUAAAGGACAGAAAUGGUAUGGACCUAACUGAAGCAGAAGAUAUUAAGAAGAGCUGGCAAGAAUACACAGAACUGUACAAAAAAGAUCUUCACGACCCAGAUAAUCACGAUGGUGUGAUCACUGACCUAGAGCCAGACAUCGUGGAAUGUGAAGUCAAGUAAGCCUUAGAAAGCAUCACUACAAACAAAGCUAGUGGAGGAGAUGGAAUUCCAGUUGAGAUAUUUCAAAUCCUGAAAGAUGAUGCUGUGAAAGUGCUGCACUCAAUAUGCCAGCAAAUUUGGAAAACUCAGCAGGGGCCACAGGACUGGAAAAGGUCAGUUUUCAUUCCAAUCCCUAAGAAAGGCAAUCCCAAAGAAUGCUCAAACUACCACACAAUUGCACUCAUCUCACACGCUAGUAAAGUAAUGCUCAAAAUUCUCCAAGCCAGGCUUCAGCAAUACGUGAACCGUGAACUUCCAGAUAUUCAAGCUGGUUUUAGAAAAGGCAGAGGAACCAAAGAUCAUAUUGCCAACAUCCACUGCAUCAUCGAAAAAGCAAGAGAGUUCCAGGAAAACAUCUAUUUCUGUUUUAUUGACUACAUCAAAGCCUUCGACUGUGUGAAUCACAUCAAACUGUGGAAAAUCCUGAAAGAGAUGGGACUACCAGACCACCUGAUCUGCCUCGUGAGAAAUCUGUAGGCAGGUCAAGAACCAAGUGUUAGAACUGGACAUGGACCAACAGACUGGUUCCAAACCAGGAAAGGAGUACGUCAAGGCUGCAUAUUGUCACCCUGCUUAUUUAACUUAUAUGCAUUAUACAUCAUGAGAAACGCUGGGCUGGAUGAAGCACAAGCUGGAAUCAAGAUUGCCAGAAGGAAUAUCGGUAACCUCAGAUAUGCAGAUGACGCCACCCUUAUGGCAGAAAGCGAAGAACUGAAGAGCCUCUUGAUGAAAGUAAAGGAGGAGAGGGAAGAAGUUGGCUUAAAGCUCAACAUUCAGAAAACUAAGAUCAUGGUAUCCAGUCCCAUCACUUCAUGGCAAAUAAAUGGGGAAACAAUGGAAACAGUGACAGACUUUAUUUUUUCGGGCUCCAAAAUCACCACACAUGGUGACUGCAGCCAUGAAAUUAGAAGACGCUUGCUCCUGGGAAGAAAAGCUAUGACCAACCUAGACAGCAUAUUAAAAAGCAGACACAUUACUUCACAAACAAAGGUCUGUCUACUCAAAGCUAUGGUUUUUCCAGUAGUCAUGUGCGGAUGUGAGAGUUGGACCAUAAAGAAAGCUGAGUGGUGAAGAAUUGAUGCUUUUGAAUGGUGCUGUUGGAGAAGACUCUUGAGAGCCCCUUGGACUGCAAGGAGAUCCAACCAGUCCAUCCUAAAGGAGAUCAGUCCUGAAUAUUCAUUGGAAGGACUGAUGCUGAAGCUGAAACUCCAAUACUUUGGCCACCGGAUGCAAAGAACUGACUCAUUGGAUAAGACCCGGAUGCUGGGAAAGAUUGAAGGCAGGAGGAGAAGGGGAUGAAAGAGGACGAGAUGGUUGGAUGCUAUCACCAACUCGACAGACAUGACUUUAAGUAAGCUCUGGGUUUGGUGAUGGACAGGGAAGCCUGGUGUGCUGCAGUCCAUGGGGUUGCAAAGAGUCGGACAUGACUGAGGAACCAAACUGAAAUGAACUGAACCAGGCUAUUAGCCUACCGAAUUCUGAUGUCUCUAUGGUGAGAAAAGUGGGUGCUAGAAAACCACAUGAUACUUGAAAUCUUUCAGCAGCUCAGGGAGGCACUUGUGCCAUAACUCAAACUGAAUCCUAUACCUGAUGAAUCUUCUUAACAAAUUCAAUGAAUCAUAUGAGAAAUCACAUUUCUGCCUUAAGUGACCCACUUCCUCAUCUUGAUGAUCUCUUCAAAAACUGACUUGGCAUGGGAAGUUCUUGGCUUAAAUAUUUACUUCUAACUCUUAUUAAUGUAUUAGCUAUAAUAUAUUUUGCCUGUUUUACAAGAUUAUUGUUCCUUAUAUUACCAAAUGUGUGACUGAGCUUCCAACAAAUAUAAUGCGGACUAGGCAACUGGAAGCAACUGAUCAAAUAUAUGGUUCUAUAUGAGAUCAAUUACUAUAAUAGUGUGAUUCUUGAUAUAGGAAGAUGCUACAGAGGGAAUUUUUUCCUGGACUAUAACAGAGUAGCCAGACAGAUAGUCCAGCAUUACCUUUAGCUAUUGUUUAUAAGACCUAGUCCAGUAACAGCAUAUUGAAUGGCCUUUCAGCAAAAUCUCUGCCAGACCUAGGAAUGAGCCUUCCUAGCACCAGCGGACAAAAUGGUCAUAAAGUGCCUCUCAAAGCAUGAUCAAAUUUAUUACCAUGAGGUGGCCCUGUCAACUACAAACUGGCACCUGCCAUGGGUAAUUGCCAUCUACCUCCACAAGGAUUAAACCAGUUGCUGCUUCAGCUGCUGAUUUCCAACACUCCCUGAAAGGAGUUCAGGGUGGAGAGCAGAUAUGAGGCAGGCUAUGCUCUGGGAAAAACUGGCAGAACAGGUCUUCAGGUAGCUAUUUUCAGGAGCCAAUUUUAUGAGCCCAAUUCUUGUGUCUUCUCAUAUCUAGAAAAGCACUCAAAUUGUGACAACUGCUCGUGACUAGCAGAAACCUUUUGCAAAAAAAAAAAAAAAAAAAAGUGCUUGUUUCCAUAUUUCCCCUUCAGCAAAAUCACAUAUGUACUGACCUUCACCCUACCUCUUUGGAAUAGUUUCUCAGGGCUAUCUGAGAUACUGUCUUCCAGGCUGUAGUCCUCACAUUUUGCCCCAAAUAAAACUUCCUUUACAACUCUCACACUCUGUACUGUUUUUAGGUUGGCAGUUGAGACUCCCAUAUCACCCAGUUACCUCACCAUCAACCAAUCUGAUAACUGUGCAUGAGCUGACCAUGCACCCUGUAACCCUCUCCCUCAGUUUCAGAAACCCAUCCCUGAAAGCCAUUGGAGAGUUCAGGUCAUGUGAGCAAGGCACUUGGCACCCUACAAUAAACACGAUACUUUCCUCCACCACAAUACAGGGGCAGCAGAUUGGCUUUGCUGCACAUUGGGCAAGUGGAACCAAGUUUGCUUGUUCAGUAACAAUAGUCAAGAUCCAACCAGGAAAACAAAGUAUUAAAGGGAAUAAUUUAAUAUGGGAAAACUGGUUACACAAGUAACAGGAAAUCUGAAAAGUCAGACAUGACAACAGCAGGAAAUCAUUAAUACUUAUCUUGUCAUAAAGGACAAAGGACGGUCACCAGUCAUCAGCUAGAGUUGUGCAGGGGAGGCCAGUACCAAGGAGGUGAGGGGAGCUAGUACAGACCAAAAAAAAAACAGACAGAAGGAGACACCCUCUCGUCUCCUGCAGUGCCUCCAAAGUCAGCGAUAGAAGAAACAGCCUACAGCGCUCAGCCCUGCCUCCCAUCCCCAGUGCUUCUGGGGCAAGAAAAUAAAAGGCGUGUACAAGAAUACACUGCUGUAGUACUUAACUAGGUUGCACUUUACAUCACAAAAGACUUCCAUGCCAUCAUAUUUAAAUUCACAAUAGACACUUAAAAAAUGGGUUUUUCAACCGAAGGCUUCUACAUCCACAAAGGCUUUCAAGCACCUUUACUGCACUCAAAUAGACAGCUGUGACAAUCAGGUCAACAUCCGUUUGAGUGCCUUUAAUGUAGCCUUCCAGGUCCGAAGAAAAGGGAGAUGAAAGAGAACUUGGCCUCAAACUGCUGGCACUGCUUUGGACAAAUAAACUGUCACAACUGGGUUAGAUGAGAACUCAGAGAAAGUGCACCUAAGUGAGAGAUGUAAACAAGAGCUGCAGCUUACUCUGAAUGUCUGACAACCAGAGAGAGCAGCGAAACCAGAAGUCCUAGCAGACACCCAGAUGGCUGCGACCUACACAACAAGCCAAGGAACUUCAAGGAGCUUCUGGAAAAAGAGCAGGGCUGUAGGAGCCACCUCAGAACAGAUUAGAAAUUAAGCGGACGUGAACAAGCGCUUCAGAAUUAUCUGAUGGGUCAGGAAACCUGUAUCCACAGGGGUAUCAGAAGCAUGACGAUGUGGGCCAAAAAUAUAAAUACAAGACCUGGGGUUGAAAUAAUAAUAUUGCCAGACCUAUGCUGAAACGGGUAAGAGAAGCACAUCAGCGGGAGUGGGCGGUUAACUCUGCUUCAGCUCUGUAGUUUUCCCAAAGAAACCACUUAUGACCUGCAGCGUGAGCUUCUUAAAAAAUUAAAUUAUAGAUUAGCAUAGUUUUAAGACGGUAUACCCUUUCUCCAUUUUCCCCCAACGGCCAAAUAUUGGAAAACUACAGCACAGAAUCACGAUACUGAUAUCCAUAAAGUCAAGACACUUAAGUUUCUUUCAUUCAUAGCCACACGAGCUCACGCCCUUUAACUAACUUCUAAUGCUGUUAUAAUUCACCCAAGCCCUGUCAGCGCCUACAGAGGACACCGAAGAAAGGUAUUCAGAAGCUACACGCAGUAAUCAGCCGCGGUCCCAGCCCGGGCGCCAGCCGAGACCACGAAGGCAGCGGAACAGAAGCCCCGCCCCUUCCGUCCCGGCGGACUAACAGCGGUCCGAGGUCCGGGCAGUUUCCAAAGCCGACUGAGUGGAGCCGGAAGUGGGCGGCAGCCCCCCACCCCCCCGCCCCCGCAACUACGCGGAAGCCUCCAUCCAACAUGGCGGACCUCAACCGCCAGCUGCAGGAAUAUCUGGCGCAGGGGAAAGCGGGCGGCCCGGCGGCCGCGGAGCCACUGCUCGCCGCGGACGAGGCGAAGGAGCCCGCAGCGGGGGCCGGGGCGUGGUUGGGCCGCGCGGGCCUGCGCUGGACGUGGACACAGAGCCCCGCGGAGCCGGCGGCGGGACAGACGUGUCUGCCCAGCGUGACGCGCACUCAGCGGCUGAUGGCGAGUGGCGUGUGCCUGCUGCUGGCUGCGCUCUGCUUCGGCCUGGCCGCACUCUACGCGCCUGUGCUGCUGCUACGCGCCCGGAAGUUCGCGCUGCUGUGGUCGCUGGGCUCUGCGCUGGCACUAGCGGGAGGUACACUCCUGCGAGGCGGCGCAGCGUGUGGACGCCUGCUGCGCGGCGAGGAGGCGCCCUCCCGGCCCGCGCUGCUCUACGUGGUCGCGCUAGGCGCGACGCUGUACGCGGCGCUGUGUCUGCGGAGUACGUUGCUCACAGCGCUGGGCGCCUGCGCACAAGUGGCCGCACUGCUGGCCGCGUUGCUAGGCGUGCUACCCCGGGGCGCGGGCACCGCUCUGCGCAUCACGCUCGGGCGCUUGGGCCCGGGCGCCGCCCUCGCCAAGGCGCUCCCCGUUUGAGGCUCGCGGCUCGCGCCGUCGGAAGGACGCAAAAUCCGACCCCGGGACACCACACGGAGCCCGUCCCCAGGAUGCGCCAUCGAGAGGACACGGGGAACCGGCUCUAGGCCCAGCGCCAGCCAAGCCAAGGACUGCGCCCGCCCGUUCCCAGACAGCACAGCGUAGAAGCUGCUCCUUUACUGUGCCAGCGAACUGUAAACUGAGACACGAGCAGUUUGGGAAGCUCCUCGAUUUCAGCAUUUUGUGCUACACUCGGCAGCAAGUGCUGUGAAAACCAGAUUUUGUUUUGAGUUGGUGGUACGCUAUGAAACAUUAGUGAUAAAUUGCUUUUGCGUUAACCGUGGUCUUAGAUUGCACUCAGUAAAAAAAAGAAAUGAGAGAAAAUAGCCUUUCCGUUUUGAUUGACUGCCCUUAUUUUCCCGGAUUUCUUUCACAUUUUGUCACCUAAAAAAAUCCAGUGGUAGAUCGCAGUAGUUUAGUUCCAGUAAAUUUGCUUUCUUUCGCUCUUGUAAGUUUUUUCCCUUAUUCUUCAACGUGAGUGUAUCCAUAGGAGUUAGCAGAUUAAAUGCUGACUUUUAGCCACUGGAAUUUUUUCAAGUGCUUUAGUUAAUACGGUUUAUCUCAGUUUUUUCUUAUUUUAGUGAAAUUGUUAACAUGAUGUCUUAUAAGGUUAAAGGCAGUUGAUUCUGCAUUACAUGAGGAAACCAAGGACCAAGAAGCAUGGUAGCCAGUAAGGUGCACGUAAAUGCUCAGAAGAGAUCCAUGGACAUAACUCAGCCAAGGAAACGCCUGAGACAGGAAGAUAAUUCCCCAUCCAGUUAUCCUGUUGGAUGGAAACCAUGGAUUUCUACAAGGUCUAGUUUUUCAUUCCUAAUUUUAUGAUGUGCUUUUUAACCAAUCUUAACGCAAUGUAAGGUGCUUUUCGUAUCUAACUGCCAAUUUUUCUUCAUUUUUAGAUUUAGCACCUUGCUCUAGGACUUACCUUAAUUUAUUGCCAGAAAGACUGGGCUCAGUAUUCUGGUUAAGUCCAUAAAUAAGACAACGUUUUGUCCCUAGCUACAUAUUAACUAGGAAAUAAGCUGUAUUUUUUAAGUUUUAAUUCUAUGCCAGUGGUUCUCAGUUCACAUGAUUACUUGAGUCAAAUCUCAGUUCAGUCGGAAUCUCUGGGCUGGGUGGGGGGAGAUUGGCAUUAGUAUUUUUUUAAGCUUCCCAGAUGAUUUCCUUUUUCCGCUAAGGUUGAGAACAACUUGAAAGUAAUUGUCUCCUGGGACUGGAUUAGCGUUGCUUAAACAGGUUGUCAGGCAAGAGAGUUUUGCCUCUUGCUCCAGCCUCAAAAUUUAUAUUUAUAGGCCUUGAUCAGUGUCCUAAGCCCUGCUCCAAGAGGUGGACGCUAAAGUAGACUUACUUCCAUCCCCCUUGUUUUGAAAGAAGGAUGCUUCUCCCCACUGUCGGUUAAUAGGGUUACCUACCUCAAGAGGCACAACUACCCGGUGUUUGUAAAAGCAAAUCCACGGUUUGGGGGGAAUGAUUUAUUUUUUUGACUGGAACGUAACCAUUGGCUGCUUUUUCUACCCCCUAGUUAAAUCUGUAUUUUAGUUCUAAAUUUUAGGCUGAAGAUUUUACCGAGUUCAGCCCAUUUUUAUAUUGAUGCUAUUUUUAAAAAUUGUUUUUCCAGCAUUUUCCCAAGAAUUCACUGUUGGGAAAUCUGUUUUUAUAAAAUUCAAAGCACAAUAUAUUGUAUGUAAUUUGAUAGUGAUGAUUUAAAAUGCAGAUAUACACAUUAAGUAAUAAAUAAUGUUGAGUUUUCAGUUUUCUCUAAAUGAAUUCAUUCUCAAAAUGCGACCUGGUUAUCUGCUUACUGAGGUAGUGUUUUUGAAGUUAAAGCCUUAAAAUCUUAUGAUAAAGUUCUUACCACAUGAGUCUCAGGAAAAAAAAAAAAAAAACAGGAGCCUAAUCUCUAGAAAAGGCAGAAGAACCAGAGAUCAAAUUGCCAACAUCCACUGGAUCAUAGAAAAAGCAAGGGAAUUCCAGAAAAACAUACUUCUGCUUCAUUUGACUGCGCUAAAGCCUUUACUGUGAGGAUCACAACAAACUGGAAAAUUCUUAAAGAGAUGGGACUACCAGACCACCUUACCUGUCUCCUGAGAAACCUGUAUGCAGGUCAAGAAGCAACAGUUAGAAGUGGACAUGAUUCAACAGACUGAUUCAAAACAGACUGAUUGAUUCAAAAUUGAGAAAGGAGUUCAUUAAGGCUGUAUACUGUUACCCUGAUUAUUUAACUUACAUGCAGAGUAGCAUCAUGUGAAAUGUCAGACUGGUUGAAUCACAGGUUGGAAUCAAAAUUGCCAGAAGAAAUAUCAACAACCUCAGAUAUGCAGAUGAUACCACUCCAAUAGCAGAAAGUGAAGAGGAGCUAAAGAGCUUCCUGAUAUGG